UGGUAAAUAUCAUUUACCUCACUACAAAUCUAGCAGAAGCGACGACGAAGAAUUCACAGUAAUUAUGGCGGUGGCUAUAACAUCCUCAUCGACAACCCCCCAUGUCCUCCACCAUCUUCUCCGUCCACCACCAUCUCAACCACCACUGCUCUCAUACUUCUUAAGACCAAUUUGCACCACCACCACAACAACGAAAACCAUUCUCUCAAAAUCCGACAAAACCCCUAGUAAAAAAACUAACACUAUCCUCUUCUCUUCACUCUCUCCUCUCCCCAAUUCUCCUCUCCUCUUAUCCCUUCGCUCUUUCCCUUGCUUUCAAAAAGCUCACAACCACUCUCUCACCUUACAGGAACUAGAAGAAGAAGACCAAAGAGAAGAAGAAAAAGGUGAAGGCUUUAUCGAUGAUGAAAUUGAAAAUGGUGAUAAAGAGGACGAUAUUGAGGGUGAAGGUGAUAAUUUGGAGUCGGAAGGUAGUGUUGUUGAUGUUUCUGGUGAGGGUUCCACUAAAGAGGGUUUGAAGAGAAAUGGGGUAAAGGUACCGACUUUGACAGUGAAGGAAAAGAAGGAAUUAGCAUCUUAUGCUCAUGGAUUGGGAAAGAAGCUAAAGUCUCAGUUGAUUGGCAAGUCUGGUUUUACUGAUAAUGUUGCAACCUCUUUUAUUGAGACCCUUGAAGCCAAUGAGCUUUUAAAGGUUAAAAUACACAGGACUUGUCCAGGGGAGCUAGAGGAUGUGGUGCGACGAUUGGAGGAAGCAACUGGUUCAGUGGUAGUUGGUCAAAUUGGUCGGACUGUCAUUAUAUAUCGGCCUAGUCUCACUAAAAUGAAGGCGGAGGAGAAAAGGCAACAGGCUCGUAGAGUUUAUGUGAGAAAAGCACCAAAAUUGAUGUCUGUGCCAUUGUCGAGAGGAGAGCCAAGGCGAUUUUCUGGGCAUGGUCGUCGAGGAAGCAGCAGGGUAUGAACUACAUUUUCUGCUACUUGCUUGAUGGAAAGUUAAUAUUAGCGUAAAAUGGCCUUGAGGAAUUCAUGUCCAGACACAACAGAGAGGCUCUGAAAUUGGACCAACAUGCAAGGAGUUUUUUCGUUUCCAUAAAUCACGAAUUUGUUUGAUAGAUGUAGAAAUGGCUUUAAGGACAGUGAGAUAGCUUGAGUGUUUGCACCGAGAUGGUUUGCAUCGUGGCUUCUUUGAAGGAUAAAAUAUUAAUUGGCAAA